AGACACAAAAUAGUACCAAACAGCGCUCGCGGGGCUUUGAAAGUAGUGCAAACAUCGCCAAUGGAGACGACGAAGCGUUUAUAUGGCGUCAGUAGUGCUAGCAUUACGAUAAGCAGUUGAUAGGUGACGCUGACACCCGAUGUAUUCUGCUGGUGUUUUUUCUUGUGGAUUUAUGAGACUCGUCACAGCAGAGUCCCGCGACUGCAGCGCAAGUAAAGAUGGAGGGACGAUCGUGCACUCACUUGAUACCGUGUUGCGCUUUCGGCUUGUCCAACUGAAAUAUCUAAAGCAUUUUACAAGAUGAAUAUUUUCGACAGGAGAUGUAAAAUCGUGAAAAUAUAUCAAACUGUGGGCGGGAACGUUUCCUGUCUAUACCAGUGGUAGAUCACCGAAACUGUGUGAAUUUUGCUGAAAACGUCAGUUAAAAGUAUGCGAUCAAUUAUUCAUCAUUGGAAGACACAAGAAUGGCAGAUGUAAAGUCCACAUCAAAGAUGGGUGGUGGAGAACAAAACCUCACGGUUGCUCUCCGUAUUAGACCUUUAACAGAGGACGAAAUUCUUCAAGGUGCACACCCAACAGCCUACAAAGUAGAAGAAAAUAUGGUUGUAUUGGUGGAUCCUGCAGACGAUCCAGAUGAUGUCUUACGUGUUAAUCGAUCAAGAGAAAAACAGUUUGUUUUUGAUUGCACUUUUGAUGGAAAUGCCUCGCAGGAAGAUGUGUAUGGAGCAACCACAAAACUUUUGAUUCCUAAUGUUAUCUCAGGGUACAAUGCAACGGUGUUUGCCUAUGGUGCUACAGGGGCAGGCAAGACUUAUACAAUGUUGGGAACUGAUGAGGAGCCCGGAAUUAUGGUUCAAGCCCUUAAUAAUUUGUUUUUGGAGAUGAAGCACAGCAAGAAGGAUUUGGCCUAUAAAGUCACCAUGUCCUACUUGGAGAUAUAUAAUGAGAUGAUCAGGGAUCUUCUAAACCCUAGCUUAGGGUAUCUUGAACUGCGAGAAGAUGCCAAAGGAAAUGUGCAAGUUGCAGGGAUCUCAGAGGUCACUGCCAGAUCAACUGAUGAGGUGAUGCAAAUGCUAGUUAAAGGAAAUCGUGAAAGAACCCAAGAGCCCACAGCUGCCAAUGCUGCCUCUUCAAGAUCACAUGCCAUUCUACAAGUGACUGUGAAUCAGAGAAAUCGUUUGCGUAGCACUAUGCAAGAAGUUAGAACGGGCAAAUUGUUUCUUAUUGAUUUAGCAGGAUCAGAACGUGCUGCCAAUACUCACAAUCGUGGGAAACGAAUGGUAGAAGGGGCUCACAUCAACAGAUCCCUUCUUGCUUUAGGCAACUGUAUCAAUGCUCUUAGUGAUAAAAAUGGACCACGGUAUAUCAAUUACCGAGACAGCAAACUAACACGUCUUCUGAAAGAUGCACUUGGAGGUAAUUGCAAGACAGUGAUGAUUGCUCACAUCAGUCCAGCCAGCAAUCAGUUUGAGGAAUCCCGAAAUACGCUUGUUUAUGCAGACAGGGCCAAACACAUUAAGACAAAGGUGCGAAGAAAUGUGACAGAUGUAGCUUAUCACAUUGCACAGUAUACCAACAUUAUUUCUGAACUUCGGGAAGAAAUUGCAAGACUGCAUAGCAAAAUUCAAGAUCAGGGUCGGCCACAUGUGGCAAGCAUCCUGGCUGUGCAGUCGGAGGUUCUUGGGUCUCAGCAAAACAGAGACAGAGAAGAGCUUAACCAUUACAAAGAACAGUUACUAACCAGUUUCAAAGAUCAGAUGGAACUGAGGCGAACUCUGAUGGAACUCACCAAUGCCUCAAUGGAAGUUAGCUUAGAGACCAGUCGUAACCAGCUAAUUAUCAGCGAAUGGGAAGCUAAUAAAGCCAGAAGAUGGGGGGAGUAUCCUCAACUCCAAGAUAACAGAUUUUUAGAAGAUGAAAAAGCAUUGGAACUAGAAGGAGGAGAUGAUUUUUCUGACCCUGAGGAAAUUCAGACAGCACGAGAUGAACUGAAAGUCUUGCAUGAUGAGAAACAUAAGACUCAACGCAUCAUUGCUACCGUACAGAAAGAGCUGGAAGUGGCGCAGAGUAAAACUCGUAAACUAGCUGAGAUGAUCCCAAUGCGGGUUAAUGGAGCUGACCAGCAGGAAAUUAUGUUCUUGCUGUGCCGGGUGCACCAGCUGGAAAUUGAGAACCUGGAAUCCCAAUCCCUUAGUCUUUAUCGAGACUUUCAGAUAAAGAAAAAGGACAUGGUUCUAUCUCGUCAGCGUCACUAUCGCAACCUUUCUGAUGAAAUCAUCAAGCGUCAGAAGGGUCUUUUAGAUGAUCAAGAUGUCCUUCACCCUAAGGACUUAGAGGAAAUGUACAAGCUGUAUAGUCAGGAAAGGGAUGAGAGAAUGCAGAAUGGAGAGGACUCUGGCACUAUCACACCAUUACCUAAGCCUUUGCCUCUGGUUGGUCUAAAUUUUUACCCAGCAGCUGAAGAAAACCGAGAGGAUGGAGCAAAGGUGUUUAUGCAGAGUGCCAAAACUAAACAUUUACGGCGCUCCCAGGUGCUCAGUCGCCUCUGGAGAAAUGAGCAGGCAGGAGAUGAUGGUGAUGAUGACCAGCCAUAUACCCAUCAACUUUCUUUGCCAGCUGCUCCCUCUCGCCUGUCUAAGACUUCAUUUGAAGACAGGGAAAUCAUUGCUUCUAAUACACGCAACAUCGCGGCUUUGGCAGCAAGAAGACGAACACAAGCAAAUGCAUCGAAUCAGGUGAUCUACCUAGGAGGCCGACCAUUAUACCGUCCAGUUCCAGAUGCAGUGGAGGAUUUUCCUAUGGUGCUAACACCCAGCCGACUUGCACAGCAUAACAGGUUGACAGAGGAUGGGGCAUACCUGAAUUUCAGUGAUGAUAAUUUGUCACAAAAUACUGUAGAAAAGACAAGUGUGCACACAGACAAUAGCCUUCCACCUCUUUUGGGAAGUGAACCACAGUAUACUUACAAGAAAGGAGAUUCUGCAGAGAAGAAAAAUACAGGCAGUUACAUCCAUGAAUUUUCUAAGACACGAGCUAAAAAGAAUGCAGGGAAAAAACUCAUAAGAUAUCGACCACAAAAUACUAGCCAUUUACAGCCAGGAGAUAACAACAGCAACCGUGCACUGUCAUCAGGAGGUCAGCUAGCAGCACCAGUUCGAGGACAGAAAGGCAAUGGACGUACUCGCACCAGAACUUCCAGUGUGCUAGCUGCAGACUCCUCCACAGUCAGCACCCCGCACAAUGGUGGCAAGGCUCCUGCCAGGAAGACACUCCCAUCCAUUCCUCAUUACAGAAAAGGAGAUAUCACUGUGACAGGACAAGGAUUACCAAAGUAAACAGCACUGAUGCCAGUAACUACUGAUGAAUAUGUAAAAAUAUGUGCAUUUCCUAUAGAGCUUAUGGAGGAAAGAGAUUGAUACUUUGAAUGGAUGGAGAGGACUUCCCUUGCGUAAACUGCUGUCUGUGCGUCUGCUCAGCUUGGAGUUAUUAUUACCUCAUGUGGAAUGCAUUUGUGCCUGGCAGAGUAACACAGGUUUAAAUAUGUCUGCUUUUUAAUAAGCUUGCAUUAUAUUUAUUUAGCCAAGAUGAUACUGUGGUUGUGAAAAGACUCAUCAUGUGAAGUUUAAUAAGGAAACUGAAUACCAUUCAUGCAACAAGACACAAAAAUUGUCAUUUUAAGAAUAUCUUUUGAGGUUUCAUGUUACAGUGAGUUUGGAAGUUGUUUCCAAAAGUUAUACGUUGAAUCUGUUGCAUCUUGUCAUUUAAUAACAUUUCACAUUAGGGAUGCUGUAAAGGAUGCUCACAGAAUUAUAGCUAAAUCCCAGUUUCUACACAACUCAUUAUAGUGUUUAGAAGAGAUAUAUCUCAUGAUUACAUAGAAGUAACACUUAUUUCACUGUGCAGAUGGGCUAGGAUAAACUGGAAUACAACAUAAAGCAUGUAAAGACUGGACGAUUGUGGUGCACUAGUGGAGGCUAAAAAUGAGGGAAAUUUGGAGGGUGGGGGAGUGGAAGUCGUAAUUAUAAUCUCCAUUUAAGUACAUGAUAUUUUCCUUCGUUUUUUUUUUUUUUUUUUUUGUGGUCAGUCCUUCAAGAAAUUUUAUAUCCCACUAUGAAUUCAGAUUUCUGUUAUCUACUAAGAAUAACAGGAAUAAAUUAUUUAAUUUUCCAUUACCUUUCUACAAAAUACUUAUAACCAUAAAAAAACAACAAAACAGCCAGCUUUAAAUAGGGAAUGUGCUUUCAGUCUUACCAUCGAAAAAUAUUCAGCACAAUGCAGUCUGCUUUAGUAAUAGUUUAUAAGGUCUUUACUUUUAUUUCCUUUUUAAAACAUAUUUUUGAAACGCAUUAAUAGUUCCCUCUUUUCAUAAAUUUAAGAAUUAAAGAUUUAAUAAGUAAAUUUCACUAUAUAAUUAAUUUUGCUUAUUUGAAUUUAUCUUACACCUCUGGCCAUUAAAUAUUUUUGCUCAUUUUAAAACUGCAUCUGAUUUUUUGGAAUAAAGAGGAAUAGAAGACUAUGCAUGCAUAUUCUGGCUUUAAUAUUCUCAGCCAUAUUCACAGCUAUAUUUGUAUGUCUUUAGAAAUCUAGAUAUUUUAUAGCAGAAUUCUGAAAUAUUUGUUUUAUGUUGUCUUUUUUCCUUUGUAGUUCAAAUGCAUUUAAGUGUUAGUAUGUUUGUGCUUGUAUUUGUAAAUGAAACAUAAUAAUGAGCUUUAUAAGUUAGCAUAUUUUGGCAUUGUUUAUACAGCAAUUAAUACAGGUAUGUCAUAGUAUCUUUUGCUAUAUGACAAAUGAUGUCAACAUUUGACUGUUUUUUGUGGUACUUAUAUUUACUUUGAUAUAUAUAUAUGUACAAAGACUUAUGUUCCUGUCUUCCAAAGUCUUUUGUUUAUGGUCCUGAGUCUUUUAAUGUUUUUAAUCAUUUAUGAACAAUGACUGUCAGAAUCUGGCUCUGUCUGAAGUGCAAUUAGUUCAUGUAAAAGUUACAUGCCAGGAACUAGAAAACUGACAAGCAAAUCCUUCCUUAAAUUCAGAAUUAUCCUUCUGUCAGUUCACAUGUGGGAUUGAAUUUUAAAAAAAUUGAACACAGUUCCUGAUGUAUUACAUAUGCUUGUGUGUUCUUUAAAAUUUUUUGUUCUUUUCUUAAAAAAUUAGAAGAAUAAACACAAGGAGAUGCUUAUGAUGUACUAUGGCAUCACUACCAAUAUAUUUAUGCUUGAGUCAGAAGGAUUGCAAGAUUGUAGAAAUGGGUUAAGGGUUACACAUAUUGCUUACAGGCAUUAUUUCUUUUAGUUUCCCCUUUUAAAUGGUGUUAGCCACUGAAUUGCCCAUCAAACUGUAAAUACUGCUGAAUGACAUAAACACCUUUUUUUAACACUUGUUCAGUAAAUGUAAUCAUUUCAUUUAUACAAAGUAUUUUUGUAUAUUAUAUAAAUAAAAGUGAUACUGUAUGGUUGUGAUAUGUAACAGUAAACUCAUGGCAUGAUUUGACUACCUUGUAGGUUUCAAUAGAGUUUCUUUGUAAACAAGUUAUCCACAAUGUUACAUUUCUGCUUUAGAUUGCUGUGCCAAAUCCAUGUCCAUUUGUUAGAGCAGUUCAUCUCAUGCACCCUGUAGCCAUAUUUUGCUGACCAUGCAUUAUUUUGGCAUAAUUUAUAAAACUUUGAAACAUUGUUGUGGUUGUGGUUGGGAGCAUGCACACAGAAUAGGAUUUUGGGAGUGCCUUCAAAAGUAUAAUUAGUGAACAUUACUCCUAUCUCUGACCCAUCUUUUCCUUACAUCCCUCCAGUUGCGUACGGGCAUGUGUUCUUAUUUAUUCACACACACACAUAUAUAUAUAUAGGUCUACAUUGCUCCGCAAUUUUCCUACUUUUGGGCUGUGUGCUUUGUUGUUACAUUUUCAGCUGAGUGUUUAGAUUCUCUGUGUGUCAACUGCACACCUGAUGAGAAAUAUGUUUAUUCUGCUUGUAGAUUGUUAACUUCAUUGUGAUAACUCAUAUUUCCUAAGUCCCAAAAUUGACAUUCUUGUUCCUUAGCAGCUAUUAUUAUUGUCUCUUCUUGUUUUUGUAAAGUUCUUUAAGCCUGCCUUUAUGAUGGGCCUAAAUAGAGAGAGAGAGAGUGUGUGUGCACAAACAUGCAUGUUAGUGUCUAUGUACACACAUGCAUGCAUGAGAAAGUAUAAGAGAGAACCUUGCCUUUCUGUUUGUUCCUAUGUCCACAAUUUACUCAAUAGUUGUUGCAGCUGCUUAAUUACUCAUCCCACUUGAAUAAAAUAUACAGUCGAACUUAAAUAAGUUGAUCUUCCAUAAGUUGAAAUUCUCCCUAACUCGAAUUUUAAACAUUUGGUUGGUUUCCAAUUAAAGCAAUGCAUAUUCAACUUCCGUAGCUUGAAUUGGCCUAGCCAAAAACUUCCACAACUCAAAAUAAUUUUAAGCCAGUCAGCAUGUUGAAACCAUUUGAAAAUACGUGAGAAACCAUAAAAUCUUGUACUCCUCCCGCAUCGACACUGUGCUCCCAUAUUCUCCUUUCUGUAGAGGAAAAGUAUGUGAUAAAGGCAACUCCUUCUCCACAAGGUGCCAUAGGGUCUUUAAAAGAGUUACAAAAAUUUUUGACUCACUCUCUGUCCUCCACUCGUUUAUUUUAAAAGAAAUGAAGAGAAAUUGUCUUCGAUAACAGGCUAUUUUGCUGGGAACAAUGAUGCACGAGCACAUGCAGAAAUAAGUCCACAGUAAAAAGAUGUUCUUUUUUUGACAAACUUCUGUAGCUUGAAUUUUUUUCUUCGGUCCCUUGAAGCUUUGACUUAUAGAAGUUCGGCUGUAUUUGGACUGUAUUCAUUUGGACUAGGGAACACUGGGCAUGCUAUGAGAGAGGAAUAGGUUUGCUUGCGUGUGCACACAUAUGUGUGUGUGUGUAUGAGAAAGAAAUGGAAAGAAAGGGAAGAACAACAAAAAAUGUUGUCCUUAAAUGGUUAUUCUUGUCUUUCAGUCUUAAUGACAUACCAAACUUUAGCCCUUUGUUAAGCUCACUGCUCUUUGUUCUUUAUUUAGAUAUGCAUGAUUGCAAAACAUUUGAAAAUAUGUUUGUAAAACCUAUUAUGCAUAACUUCAUUUUUACAGUGUAAUUAUAAAAGAAAAUUGGCAUCCAACACAUACACAUUUUUACCAGUUUUAUUGUUCAUGCAAGAUUUAAAAAAAAACGUUCAUGACUGCUGACCAGCUAUGGAAAAAAAGUUUUUAUCAUGUUUCUUUUCGAUGUUUAUCUUUGUUGACAAAAUAUGCUGAAUAACCUUACUAGAGGGUCACUAUACUGUUGUAGUUGACCUGUCUAAAGAAA